AUGAGUACAGACUUAAAGAUAAAAGUCCAAAAAUGUCCUCGUAUUGAAGAGGUCCUCACCUUCGCAAUCCAGAGCGAAAGCAGCUGGAUGACCCCAAUCCUGUCCUACCUCCAGGAUGGCCGGCUUCUACAAAACGUUGAGGAGGCCAAGAAAGUCAAGAAGAGGGUAGCUAGGUUUACAAUCCUGAAUGACACCCUAUAUAAAAGAGGGAUAGGGAUCAAGAACCAAUUCUUGUCCCCAAGUCGCCCACAAGCCAACUAUCAAACGAAAGUAACAAACUGGACACUGCUCAAGAUCAUCAAAGCUCAAUUGGGAAAUGCUAAGGGCGCUUGGCCAGAGGAGUUGCCCAAUGUCCUACGGGCAUACAAGACUAUAGCAAGAACCCCGACAAGAGAAACCCCCUUUAGACUCACCUAUGGCACCAAAGCAGUAAUCCUAGUCAAAGUGGGAAUCACCAUCAUGAGACCAGAAGUUUUCCAUGAAGGCAGCAAUGAUGGUCAUUUGAGAGUCAACCUGAACUGCUUGGAUGAAGUCAAAGACAAAGCAUCCUAUUAG